AUGAUGACACGUAAGGCCUUAGCUCGUCAAGAGGAAUCAAAAUUUCAAAUUACUUUACAGGAAUUAAAGGCCACCAAGGAGUUGGAGAAAGAUAGAUUACAAUUAGUAAUAGAAGGGUUCGAUCAGUGCAGAAAUGAGUAUGAGAAGGUCCUUAGGCUCAUUUCUGGAUUGGAACAGCAACUACAGGAGGCUAACGAUUGCAUAUAUAAACUAGAAUCUGAGCAAACAAAGGUUAUGGCCUCUCAGAACCAGAGUCUAUAUGAUGAGUUGGUUGGUUGUGCCCCCAUUCUUAUUUCUGCCUCACUUAACAUUAACCCAGUGACAAUUGGCUUGACUACAGAUGAUUUUUAAGUGUUCUGGAAAAAAAAGGUCUUGUUAAGUGUAGUAGGAAUAUUAAAUAGGUAUGUUAAUAAAACAAAAACACUAU